CCAUUGUGCGGGUGAGUGACGGGCGCGGGGACCAAUCAGCGCGCGGGGGAAAGGGGCGGGACAUGGACAAGAUGGCGGCCGCGAGCUGAGUGGAUCCGCGGCGUCGCUCAACAUCUGCACCGAAAAUACCGCGUAAACACCAAGCUCUGUCGGCCAUCGGGCGGCCGCUCACCCCGGGGAGGGAGGGCCGGCGGCGGCAUCGUCUGUACCUGUGGUCUGUAUCUGUGCCCGCGUUAGCUCCAGCCCCCUCGCCCGCCCGCCACCCCGCCCGCCCCUAGACCGAAGGCCAUGAAGCCGCUUCAGUGAAGGAAGGAAGGACGGGCGGCCCGGCAGGAGCCACGGCCACGGCGGCACCACGCAGUGCUCUCUGCUCCCCACAUCCCCGCACACACAGGAUCUCAGCCCGCUAUCCGCCUCGGCCGGGAUUUAAACUGCGACCCCGAAGGAAUAUGAAGGAAAAAGACGUCUCGCCCAAAGCUGGUGGCAAACGAGGGGAGGAAAGGCGAGGAGGCCACCACCAGCAGCCCAGGAAAAUGGGGAAUAACCACAACAGCAUCAACAGGAACAACAAGAACCAUGGCAAUGCCAAGAGGACUCGUAAUAUCAGCGGCAAAAGGACCAAUAACCGAGAUUACGAGGUCUAUGCCCCCAACCGGACUGCUAAUAACUUGAGCCUGUCUUCUGCUUCUUCAAGGACUAGUAGAAAUGAGAGACAACCUGGUGAAUACAAAACUUUGAAGAUCAGCAAUUUGGGUUCCCAGUUGAGCGAUGGUGCCAUCGAGGAUGGUCUUUUCCAUGAGUUCAAGAAGUUUGGGGAUGUUAGUGUGAAAAUAUCCAGGGAUGGGGAUGAAAGGGUGGCUCUGGUGAAUUUCAGGCACUCUGAGGAUGCAAAGGCUGCCAGGCAUGCCAAGGGCAGAUUGGUGCUACACGAUCGUCCUCUAAAAAUUGAAACAGUUUAUCCUCCACCAAAGGGAAGAAGUUACUCGCCCGAGUUGGAUGGGUAUUCUGCACCCAGUGUCCAGGCCAAUCGUCAUAGACAGAGAUCUCUAUCACCAGCCGCGCUUGGGUACAGAGAACAUCGAGCUCAACAGCGUAGUUCUUUGGGCCGGCAAAUCGUGCCGCCACCUCCACCACCACCUCCACCACCACCACCACCUCCCCAGAGAGACUUGGAGAGAGAACGUGAUUAUGCCUUUUAUGAAGGCCGUGGGCGAGCUGCCUAUGCACUUGAGAGAACUGCGUUCAGGGAAGAUGACAUCUUGCCAGAAGAUGACAAGCGAGCAAAUAGGACAUUGUUUAUUGGAAACCUGGAUCCUUCUGUUUCACAAAAUGAUCUUUUGCUCGCAUUUGAGAGGUUUGGAGUUAUCUUGGAGGUGGAUAUCAAAAGGCCUCCUCGAGGUCAAGGAAACUCGUAUGGCUUCUUGAAAUUUGAAAAUUUAGACAUGGCUCACAGAGCUAAGAUUGCAAUGUCUGGCAAGGUGAUUGGAAGAAAUCCCAUUAAGAUUGGUUAUGGGAAAGCAACUCCCACUACUCGCUUGUGGGUUGGUGGAUUAGGUGCCUGGGUUCCUGUAGCUGGUCUUGCAAGGGAAUUUGACCGCUUUGGCACCAUCAGAUCGAUUGACUACAGAAAAGGAGACAGCUGGGCUUACAUUCAGUAUGAAAGCCUGGAUGCAGCUCAAGCUGCUUGCACUCAGAUGCGCGGCUUUCCCUUGGGUGGACCAGAUCGGCGGCUAAGAGUUGACUUUGCUGACACUGAGCAUCGAUACCCUCAACAGUAUCUACAGGCCUUGCCUCUUCCCCAUUUUGAUUUACUUGGAGAUGGCCUCCUUCCUCGUGGUGCAGAGUGUCUGAGGGGUAGGGAAAGGAACUCUCCCCCAAUGCAUUUUCGAGAAAGGGACCUUUUUCCAGGCAAUGAUUGGCAUGUCCUGUCUGUUCGGGAAAGGAAUCGAACUAGCCAUGAACCGUUCGAGCACAUUGAUCGCGAAGUCCGGGAUAGCUGGUCUCUUGACCGUGACCGUGAACAUAUCUUGCAGACUUGGGACCAAAGAAGGAAAAGGAGAGGACCUGUGGAUGUGCGCCCGACUGAUUGCUCACCCAGUAACGAUAGGUCCAGAAAGCGUCGUUGUAUUUCACCAGAUCGCAGCCCGGGCAAUAGCAGCCGAGAUGGUGGGCGUCACAGUGACUCUGACCGUGAUGCAAAGAACGAGCGGUAUUCACCCAGCAGAGACCGGCGUAACAGCACAGAAAAAGUCUCUUGUGGCAAACAUGAGGCCAAAGCCACAAGCUUACUGGAAAAGGAAAAAGAUCGCAAGCAUAGAACUAUUGAGUGCGUGAGCCCCCUGAGGAGCAAAUCAAAGUCCGAUCUCAAUGCCAAAGCAUCUGACAACUUUCAGGAACAUGAUCGCAAACUGAACGUAGCCUGGCACGGAAUGCUGGUUCUGAAAAAUAGUUCGUUCUCCACAAACAUGCACUUUCUCGAGGGUGAUCUGAGCGUUGCAACCAACUUAUUAGUGGAUGUCUCGACUGGUGGAAAGGUAGCACAGUUAAAAAUCACUCAGCGCUUACGACUGGAUCAGCCUAAAUUGGAUGAGGUAACAAGACGCAUCAAAGCAUCUGGCACCAAUGGUUAUUGUGUGCUAUUGGCCGUACCAGCUUUAAACAGCAUGGAAAAUGUGGAAGGAAUGUCCUCUGGCCUAGAGCAAGCCACUUCACCACAGCGACCACUGAGGAACUUGGUGUCCUACCUAAAACAAAAGCAGGCUGCUGGAGUCAUCAGCCUGCCUGUUGGAGGCAGCAAAGAGAAGGACCACACAGGUGUGCUCCAUGCUUUCCCUCCAUGUGAUUUUUCUCAACAGUAUCUGCAAACCUCUGCUCGAGCCCUGGCCAAAUCUGAAGAAGACUGUCUAGUUAUAAUAAUUGUACGUGGUGCAGCUUAGAAUUGAGAUUGUACUGUUUGAUGUGGUUGUGUAUUGUGAUAUGUAUGGGAUACAAAGGGGUAAAACUCAACAAACUGCAAAACGUGAAGGAGCUGGCAGACACUUUGUAAAAAGAAGGAACUGCAGAUGCUGGUUAGUACACAUAAGGGCACAAAGUGCUGGAGUAACUCAUCAGGUUAGGCAGCAUCUCUGGAGAGCAUGGAUGGGUAACGUCCCGACCCGAAACGUCACCUAUCCAUGUUCUCUAGACAUGCAGCCUGACCUGCUGAAUUACUCCAGUGCUUUGUUUCCUUUUGUCAGACCCUAGCCACAUUGUUCUCAAAGGGAUCUAUCUUCCUACUGCAGAACUACCAACUGGCUCAACAGCCUUGCAUCUGUUACAUGGUCUGUACCCAGUUGAUUGUACAGUAGUUAGUUAUGUGAAAUUCAUCGCCCUCCCUCAGCAUAUGCUCACCUAAUACCAAAUAUGGCCACUUCUAUAAUGGGCUUAUGGCCACGUACGUGUCUUUAAGUCAAAUAGCCCACACAUUUUUUAUUCACCACCCACCUUGCCUUUUCCUUUUAAUUAAAUAAAAACGAUUGUAUCCUUAAAUUCGGUCCUUUUACCCUUACUCUUAUUUUAUUUCAACCUCCAGUAUCCAGUACUAUUUAAAUACACAAUCUCUCAGUAUUGAACAAAAGCCGUGAAUUGUAUAAAGCUUGAAUGCUUCCUGCAUUGUUUAAGGUAACGCAUACCUGUCAGUGCUGGAAGCCAGUGGUUGUUUCUUCAAGCAGAUUAUAUUAUUGGAAACACAGAGUCCCAAGAGUCAUACUUAACAUUAUUACUGAAAUCUUUAUUGAAGGGCAAAACAUUUGUUCAAAAUCUAGUAAUUUUCUGGUUUUGUAAAUGAGGUAACUGAUAUUGGAGUACAGACACCUUGCAAACUGUUAUAUGUAAUGUGCUGUAAACAUUGUAGGCAGUUUUUUUUUUGCACUUAAUAUCUUUUGGACACCAUUAAUUCUCAAACUAACACUGAAACAUCAUUUUUUGCCUUUUGCCUAAUGAUCUGGAAAAUAUUUUUUAAUCAUAUGGAUCUCAGUCCAAAGGCUGCAAAGGUGUUUAUUAAUAUUUAACAUGCCCAAAGAGAGUAACUUAAGCCUUUCCAACUACUGAGUGGGCAAUAAAGUGAACUUUUGGGCCAUGUGUUAAGGCAAUGAUGGAUUAAAUACCACAAAUCCUGGGUUUAACAAAAAUGUGUGACUUUCUGAAAAUAUGCCUGCCUGUAUACUUGUUCUGUGGAGGGCUGUUUUGGGAGUUUUAGGGAGUGAC